AUGUUGAAGCGGAAUCUAAACGUGCAAUACAUACCAAUUCAAAGAGGCGCGCGGCGGCUUUCUGCCCCGUCGCCCCCGCGUCGCCCCGCGCCGUUUCCUCGCCACGCGGCCCAUUCCCGUCGCCCGCGGCCCCCCAUUCCUGUCGCCCGCGGCCCCCCCGUUCCCGUCGCCCGCGGCCCCCCGUUCCCGUCGCCCGCGGCCCCCCGUUCCCGUCGCCCGCGGCCCCCCCGUUCCCGUCGCCCGCGGCCCCCCCGUUCCCGUCGCCCGCGGCCCCCCGUUCCCGUCGCCCGCGGCCCCCCCGUUCCCGUCGCCCGCGGCCCCCCGUUCCCGUCGCCCGCGGCCCCCCCGUUCCCGUCGCCCGCGGCCCCCCGUUCCCGUCGCCCGCGGCCCCCCCGUUCCCGUCGCCCGCGGCCCCCCGUUCCCGUCGCCCGCGGCCCCCCGUUCCCGUCGCCCGCGGCCCCCCGUUCCCGUCGCCCGCGGCCCCCCGUUCCCGUCGCCCGCGGCCCCCCGUUCCCGUCGCCCGCGGACCCUCGUUCCCGUCGCCCGCGGCCCCCCCCGUUCCUGUCGCCCGCGGCCCCCCGUUCCCGUCGCCCGCCACUGCAGCAGCCGCCCCUGGAGUCGCCCGCCACAGCAGCAGCCGCCCCUGGAGCCGCUCGCCACUGCAGCAGCCGCCCCUGGAGUCGCCCGCCACUGCAGCAGCCGCCCCUGGAGCCGCCCGCCACUGCAGCAGCCGCCCCUGGAGUCGCCCGCCACAGCAGCAGCCGCCCCUGGAGCCGCCCGCCACUGCAGCAGCCGCCCCUGGAGUCGCCCGCCACUGCAGCAGCCGCCCCUGGAGCCGCCCGCCACUGCAGCAGCCGCCCCUGGAGUCGCCCGCCACAGCAGCAGCCGCCCCUGGAGCCGCCCGCCACUGCAGCAGCCGCCCCUGGAGUCGCCCGCCACAGCAGCAGCCGCCCCUGGAGCCGCCCGCCACUGCAGCAGCCGCCCCUGGAGUCGCCCGCCACUGCAGCAGCCGCCCCUGGAGCCGCCCGCCGCUGCAGCAGCCGCCCCUGGCACCUGGAGCAGCCGCCCCUGCAGCAGCCGCCCUUGGCCCCUGGAGCAGCCGCCUCUGGACCUCUGCAGCAGCUGCCCGUGCUCUCUGCGCCCUCCCUGCAGUGGGGUGCUCAAUAG